UUUCGGCGCCCCGAUAGGUAACGCGGACAGCAAAAGACACAACGUUAGGUUUGUCUACAAGGGCUUUUCGGCGUUCGGACAUCAUUUUUGGAACAAUGCUGACGAUUACUCUCAAAACUCUCCAGCAGCAGACGUUUAAAAUUGAGAUAGAUGAACAACUAACGGUUCGAGCACUGAAACAGAAGAUAGAGGCUGAGAAAGGACAGGAGGCGUAUCCGGCUGCAGGCCAAAAACUCAUUUACGCAGGUAAAAUCUUGAAUGAUGACAUACCUCUGCAAGAGUACAAAAUAGAUGAGAAGAACUUUGUGGUAGUCAUGGUUACAAAGCCUGUUAGCGCUCCCGCCACAGCGCCCCCUGCUGCUCCGGAGGUCAGUGCUAGUCCAGCUCCGGCAGCUGGUGCCACCGCAGCACCUCCUGCAGAGGAGAAGCCGCAAGAACAACCCCAAAACCAGCCACCCAGCGUUCAGCCCCAACACCCAUCUGAGAGGGUCUUGGAUGAAUUGGGUCUUUUAGAGGAGGCAGCAUCCAUACUGGUUACUGGACAAGCUUAUGAGAAUUUGGUGACAGAAAUCAUGUCCAUGGGCUAUGAGAGAGAGCAGGUCAUAGCCGCGCUCCGCGCCAGUUACAACAACCCCGACAGAGCUGUGGAGUACCUGCUCAUGGGGAUUCCCGCUGACCCUGAUUUACCCCCCCAGGAGGCAGCGCGUCCUCCCCCUGCAUCCAACCCCUCGGCUCCUGAGAGACCACAGGCCCCCCCUGCAGCCACAGCCUCAGCUCCCCAGGCCACCCCUUCCUCAGCCAAUCCGUUGGAGUUCUUGAGAAACCAACCACAGUUCCAGCAAAUGAGACAGAUCAUUCAGCAAAACCCCGCCCUCCUUCCUGCCCUGCUGCAGCAGCUAGGGCGGGACAACCCGCAACUGCUCCAGCAAAUCACACAGCACCAGGAGAGGUUUGUGCAGAUGCUGAACGAGCCCCACGGGGUGGAGGCCGGAGGGGAGGGCCCUGAACCCCACCCAGCCCCACAGACAAACUACAUCCAGGUCACUCCACAGGAGAAGGAAGCUAUUGAAAGGUUAAAAGCUUUGGGAUUCCCAGAAGGACUUGUCAUCCAGGCUUAUUUUGCCUGCGAGAAAAAUGAAAACCUCGCUGCUAAUUUCCUCCUCCAGCAAAACUUUGAUGAUGAGUGAGUGUAUGACGUGAGGUGAUCUGGCGUCCGAGGGGCUUUGAGAUUAAGACACAUGGAUUAAGAGAGAGUCUGACAUUGUUACACUGGGUUUGUGUGUGUGCGCGUGUGUGUGCACGUGUGUGUGUGCACGCGUGUGUAUGUAUGUGUGUGCUGGGAGAAAGUUUUUUUUUUUUUUUUUCAUUUUAAGUGACUGGUCUUCCGUGGUGCUUUUCAUGGGGAAAAAGAAAAGAAAAGAGCUGCAGUGAGGUGUGAAGCACUGGUCGAUGUGAACGCUGCCCCUUUUUUUUGCAGUUUGUGCUAAAGCAUUAGUCACGUUUGGACAGCCGGGCCUUCUUCACUGCUGCUGCUCCCUCUGCUACGUAUGCCGAGUGUCAGUUUGUCAUGGCAGGGUUCAUCUUUUUUCCUCUGCUCUUCUUUUUGUGUGUGUGUGUGU